ACAUGCAUUGCUAUCAUCGCACCAAGCAGCACCUCUUGAGGCAGCGUGUGAAUUAGCACAGAAUAGAGCACUGGUGGGAAACUGAGCAGAAAGGAGAGCAUAGCAGUCCAGGGAAUCAUAGGAGCUACAACGAGCCCCUCGGAGCUGAGACAAUAAUACUCUGAUUGAUACAUCGGCACGGCGACCUAUUCACGCUUCUUUCAUUCAGUCUUUCGCUCAACCGAGUGUAUUGUGUGCAAUAUUUUUCCUCCUUUUAUUGGAUCAUCACGUUGACAGUGUCACCAGCAUCUGAUGAAAGCAUAGAUAGCGGAUUACAGAUUUGGCUUUUCUCUUCAUAAUAGACCCAUAUUAUUGAAUCCUUGUACUAUAUGAGAUUCUUCAUUAGAGGAAGGUUGUUUAAAUGAAAAACACUGAUGCUUUCUUUUAUUAGUGCAGUCAGGUGGAGGAAGUUUUUUAAAUUUCUCACGUACACAUUGGAUCUUUUCUCAUAUCUGUAUUGCUUGCAAUGCAUCACUGCUGAAUGUUCUUAGGAAGUCAUCUUCCCUUAGAUAAUGUUCCUAGUCACUGCAUCAACAUCUAGAAGUUAUGGAAUUCAGAGAGACAUGUGUAUACCUCUUUGACAGGAGUUUAUUUUGAGAGUAUUCUCGUAAGGACUCAUAUUACGUUUUGAUCGCCGGUGUAUUACUUAGUGUCUGUAUUGAUUGUGAAGCUGCAGAUGGAAAUAUAUUUUGGAUUUACUCAAAUCAAGCUUCUUUUUUGUUACCAGAUUGGAUGAUGCUAAUUCUGUAAUGUUUUAUGUAAUUUAUUCCAAUAAAAGUGCAUUCCAUUUUCCUUACAUCACAUUAUUUUGAUAAACCAGAUAACAUAACAAGUCCGUGAUGAUGUUUUCUGAUAUAGCAUGAAGGAAAGGUCUGUCCAGAAUUCUUCAAAGAUGACUGGGAAAUAUAUUUUGUUUUGAGAAAUGUACUCUUGGAGAAAGGAUCCUUUUUAUUAUUGCCAGCUUGUCAUAGUUGCAAAUGGUUUGCGAUAACAAAAUUCUAGUGAGGAGGCCUCUGAUACACAAGCAUGAUGAAAUGGCAGCCAGCGAAAAAGGCCUAUUAUCGUCAGGGUGUGGCCCUGCAAUGUCUUGGUCGCCAUGCCGAUGCGUUGGCAGCGUUUGCUUCCGGUCUUGCUCAGGAUCCCAAGAGUCUUCAACUCCUGGCUGGUCUUGUGGAAGCGGCAGUCAAAUCACCACUCAAAGACAACUUCGAACCAACCUACAAGCAGCUUGUGUCUAUGAACCUGGAUAAGAGUCCCUUUGUAAUCAUCUCUGUGAUUGGUCAAGAGCUCCUUGCUGCUGGCUAUCAUGCAUCCUCAUUGGUUGUUCUAGAGUCUGCGCUCAAGAUCGGUACAAGUAGUUUGAAGCUACGUGGAUCAGUCUUCUCAGCAUUGAGUAGUGCUCACUGGGGUCUAGGAAACACUGACAAGGCUAUCUCAUACAUGCACCAAGACCUAUCAGUUGCUAAAUCACUCAGUGACCAUGUAGGUGAAUGUAGGGCUCAUGGAAACCUGGGAGCAGCAUAUUUCUCUCAGGGUAACUACAAGGAAGCCUUAACUCACCAUCACUUUCAACUCUAUCUCGCUAUGAAGCAGAAAGAUCGCAAUGUAGCAGCAUCAGCACUCAGUAGUUUAGGUCAUGUAUACUCAGCGAUUGGAGACUUCCCCAAUGCACUCACAACACACAAGCAGUGUGUCACUCUGGCACGACAACUCAAUGACAAACAGUUUGAAGCUCGGGAGAUUGGAAAUGUUGGCGCUGUCCAGCUUGCACUUGGAGAUUUUGACAAGGCAUUGGAAUGCCACAAACAGCACUUGGACAUUGCUAAACAGCUGGAGAAUAGAACUGAGGAAGCGAGAGCAUACAGUAAUUUAGGAAGUGCUUUUCAUUAUCAGAGGAACUUUGAGAAGGCAUCUCAUUAUCACAAUGAGGUGCUGUCAAUUGCGAAGGAACAUGAGAAUCGUGCAAUGGAAGCAAGGGCCUAUGCAGGACUUGGACAUGCUGCCAGGUGUUCAGGGGAUCUGAACACAGGUAAGCAGUGCCAUGAACAGCAACUCAAUAUAGCACUCAGCACCAAAGACAAGGUCACGGAAGCGAGGGCGUGUUCCAACUUGGGGAUAGUGUAUCAGCAGCAGGGACAGUAUGACACCGCCUUGAAGUGGCACAAAGCACAUAUGAACAUAGCAACGGAAAUGAACGACAGAGCAAGCAUGGGACGUGCGUACGGUAACAUGGGCAAUGCAUACAGUGCCUUGAACCAGCAUGAGCAAGCUAUCAAGUAUCACAAACAAGAACUGACCAUCUCACGUGAAGUAAAUGAUAGGGGAGCGGAAGCAUGCACUCAUGGUAAUCUUGCUGUUGCCUAUCAGGCUAUGAACAUGAAGGACAAAGCCAUGGAGCAUUAUCAGAGCCAUUUAUCAAUAGCUGGUGAACUAAAGGACAAAGCAAGUGAGGCAAGAGCAUUGAGCAACCUUGGCAACUAUUUUAGUUCUAAAGGAGAGUUUCAACAAGCCAUUCCAUUCUAUGAGAGAUACCUUGCAUUAGCCAAAGAGGUCAAAGACCUAGAAGGACAAGGAAAAGCUUACCAUAAUCUAGGGUAUGCUCUCUACUCAUUAGGAAAUUAUAAGGCUGCAGUACAAUACUAUGAGAAAGAUCUUCUGCUAGCUAGGGACCAGAAGGACAAGGUAUGGAUGGGAAGGGCCUAUUGCAAUCUAGGUCUUGCUUACAGGACGUUAGGUAACUUUGAACGGGCAGAAGAUUGCCAGAAGUGCUUCUUGACAAUCACUCAGCAGGUCAAGAAUGCUCCUGGCAAGUUCAGGGCUUUGGGUAACCUUGGGGAUAUCUAUAUGGCCAAAAAGGAUACAGAUGGGGCAGUGAGAUUCUAUGAGCAGCAGUUACAACUCGCAAAAGUGGUCAGCAACAAGGCACUUGAAGCUACAGCAUUUGGUGCAUUAGGUGCUGCUCAGAGGAAACUGAAACAUUAUGACAAAGCACUGGCACACCAUACACAAGAGCUGCAGCUGUACCAAGAACUUAAUGAUCUUAAAGGAGAAUGCAAGGCUCAUAGUCACUUAGGCGCUGUGCAUACUUCAUUAGGAAAAUAUCUGGAUGCUUUCAAAUGUUACGAGGAACAACUGGAAAGAGCGCGAGAGCUUAAUGAUGGACCCAUUCAAGCACAAGCCUAUGGCAAUCUAGGUAUAACCAAAAUGAAUAUGAACCUCUUUGAAGAUGCCCUGGGUUACUUUGAGGAACAACUUGGAGCUCUGGAACAAUUAGGUGGCAAUAUGGUGCUUCAGAAUCGUGCAAGUGCUUUUGCAAAUUUAGCAGAGUGCUAUGAAGCACUGAAUGAUUUAGAAGAAGCUGUAAAAUGUUAUGAACAAUAUCUUCUCAUAGCACAAAGUAUAAGAAAUCUAGAAGAGCAGGACAAAGCUUAUCAUGGUCUAGGAAAUGUCCAUCGAUCAUUAGGUAAUCUCCAACAAGCCUCAUUCUGUUAUGAAAAACGUCUACUCUUAGCACAUGAGACAAACUCUGCUACAGCCAAAGCAUCAGCCUAUGGUGAACUUGGUUGCUUACAUAGCCUCAUGGGUAACUUUGAGCAAGCAAUAUCGUGUCUUGAAAACCAAAUGAGGAUAACCCUUGAAGCAAAUGACAAAGCUGGACAGGCUGAUGCAGCUUGUGGACUUGGUGGUGUUUACCAGCAAAUGGGAGAGUUUGAGAAGGCUCUUGAGUUUCAUGAGGAUGACUUAAAGAUUGCAGAGGAAACCAGUAACCUUUCUUGUCAGGGUAGAGCCUUUGGUAAUCUAGGAGUGACCCAUGAAUCUCUGGGUAACUACCAGAAAGCAAUCGUGUACCAAGAACAGCAUCUUAGUAUAGCCGCCCAAGUAAAUGAUAGAGUAGCUAAAACCUUGGCCUAUGCUAGCCUUGGUAGGGUUCACCAUGCCCUGGGCAACCACUCUCAAAGUGUUACCUACUUCAAACAAGGAUUGCAGAUUGCGAACCAACUUGGACGCAAAGAGGACGAGGCCAAGAUCAGACACCGGCUUGGUCUUGCCCUCUGGUCCAUCUCAAAGCUUGAGGAUGCACAACAUGAGCUCUACCGUGCUGCUGAGAUCUUUGAGGAAAUCCGACGUGAUGCCCAUGGGAGUGGUGAAUACAAGAUCUCACUCUUUGAUGCCCAGUCUGCCUCUUAUCAGGCUCUUCAGCGUGUCUUGGUUGCCCUUGACCGUGCAGAUGAAGCUUUGGCGGUUGCAGAACGAGGACGAACAAGAGCUUUUGUGGACCUUCUGAUGGAAAGACAGAGUGGGAAUGCGACAGUUCCUCUGGACACCACUCUAAUGACCAAUGAUCAGAUACAGGAUCUUGUCAGCAGACAGAGUGCUCACAUCCUCUACUUUUCUAUUGCAGAUGGUCAUCUGUACAGCUGGCUGAUGAAUCCAGCUGAUGGAAUUGUGAAGUUCCAUGAUUGUGACUUGGCCCACAUUGACAAGGACACCAAGCCUGAUGACCAAUCAUCUACUGCCUCAUCCACUACCUCUCUGCCUUCUCUGAACUUGACUAAUGGCAUUUCCUAUUCCUGCACUGCCCUUCUGGAGCAGUACAUCAGCCAUGCCCGGGAGGCCCUUGGGGUGGACAACCACAUCCAUUAUAAUGGGGACAUCACUAGCGAGACAGAGUCAGAGGCUGAUGAUCUUCUGCAACAGCACUUGGAAGAGCUAUCAGCCAAACUGGAUUCAGAUCGUAGUGGCUUCUUGCGCCUCACAAACCGCAAUAACAUCAUCAAUAGCUCUUCCCGAAGCAUCGCUAGCCUGGCGAGUCAGCUUAGUGGCGGGCUAGGAAGCCUCAAUGGAAGCAUUGCCAGACGGGAAGCUGCCAACAAGCUUCUGAGGCACAAGUCAUGGUCUGGUAAACCUCCAUUGAGGGCGCUUUAUGAUGUCUUGAUUGCACCAUUAGAAGAUGCAUUACCACAGCCAAAUGGACCUGAUACACCCAGAACAGACCUGGUGUUGGUGCUAGAAGGAGACCUGUAUUUAGUGCCUUUCUCCAUCUUAAAGGGAGGUUCCUCCACCGAAUCUUUCCAUGAGCGCUUCAAUGUUCGGAUGGUUCCCUCGCUCCGUGCAUUAAACCUCAAUUUGUACUGGGAGCAGCGAACUCCAACCAGCAGUGGCAUGCAGCCUGCCCUCAUUGUUGCCAAUCCCAAACUUCCUUCCAGCGUCAUUGACAAGUGGGGAUGGAGUGGAAUGGCUGGGUCUGAACAGGAGGCAUCAACAGUGUCAGAACUUUUGGGAGUCAAAUCCCUGACUGGUGCCUCGGCUACCAAAGAGGGGGUGCUUCGUGGCAUUGAGAGUGCAGAGUGCCUCCAUUUUGCAACCCAUGUUUCUUGGAAGCUUUCAGCUCUGGUGCUGUCCCCCAAAGAUCCCACCCACAUACAGAGUGCCUCUCCUAUCCAUCUAACAAGUGCCAAUAAUCCCAACUCACCUGAGCAGCUGGACCUGAAUGACAUGAACAGUCCUGAGCCUCAUGGCCGGAAUGGAUCCCGUCCAGACAUCCCUUCAUUAAGUGACUUCCUCCUAACAGCAGCUGACAUUCUGGAUCUCCACCUCACAGCCAAGUUGGUGGUCCUCAGUCCCUACGGCAACGAGGGGCGUGGCGGUGCCCGCAUCACUUCAGACUCUGUCAUUGGUCUGGCCCGAUCGUUCCUUGCUGCAGGUGCCCAGAGCGUCUUGGUUCCUCUAUGGUCCAUGCCAGAGUCAGCGGUUCAAGUCUUCAUCAGAGCUCUCUAUGACAAGCUCCUUGGUGGUAGCAAGGCCAGUCUGGCCGUAGCUGAGGCCAUGAAGAGCGUCAGGGAGGUGAAGCAGUUUGCUCAUCCAUCCAACUGGGCAGGGUUUGCCCUCGUUGGAUGUGAUGCUAGGUUGAGUAACAAGAGUGCCAUGUUUGGUAAUGCCCUGGGUGAUAUCCUAACCACACCUUCCAAGUGCAGAGAUGCCCUCAGAGUUCUGCUUCAUCUGAUCGAGAAGUCUCUGCAACGCAUCAACCGCGGUCAGACCAACCCCAUGUACACCACACAGCUUAGCAUCACCAAGAGAGUUGGGCCAGUCCGAGGUUGGCAGGAGCUUCUCAAGUCUGUUGGUUUCAGGUUUGAAGAAGAGAUCUCUUCAUCCAUCCCUCCAUCUGUUUUCUUCCCUCAGUCAGAUCCAGGGGAUAGGCUGCUACAAGCAAGCUCCAGUCUCCAGGCUUUGCUAGGACUGACAAACCAAACCAACUUGGCUAUAUCCAAGCUUCUUCCAUUCCCUGAGGCAGCAUUAGAAAUCAUUGAAAUGCUGGGAACACUUCUCAUUGAGCUGGAGAAGUUGAGACGGGAACAUAGGGGAGAGAGUCCUGUGCUUGAAGCCAGUAGCUUACACAUCCCUAGCUAUCUAGAAUCCCCUGGAACAGUACAGAAACACAUGCUCCAGCAUGUGCAGUCCAAGUACAGUAGAGAUGGAGAAGGGGGUAUGCAGCUACCAGUCAACGUUAAGCUGUGGCAGACACCGGGGUGUCAUGAACUCCUAUCUUCAUUAGGGUUUGAUGUGAUAGACAUGGGACCGGAGGAAGUUCUUCUCAUCACUAGGAAACAAGUCAGUAGAAGAUUCAUCCAUUACACCUUACAGGGAUUACUGGCUAUCUUUAAUCCGUCAGAAGCUCCUAAGACCCUGCCCUUGGAGAGUUUCUCCUCGAUGGAGAGCUUGAACUCGGAGACAUCGGGUACCUCAAUGUCUGGUAUGUCAGGGUUCUCUAUGUCAGCCAUGUCAGGGACAUCAAUCAUCUCCAGUCACUCCCUCAAAUCAGGAGAUGUGCCGGUGUCCAAACCCCCUAAGGUUUCAUCGAGAUCCAUGAUGAGAAGUGUCAAGGAAGGCAGACAGAAUCACCUUCAUGCAACAACAUCCACCCCAAAGGCGCAUAACUGGAGAGGAGAUUUCUCCAAUACCAGCUUGAGUUCAAUGGGUUUGCACAAUCCAGAGUUGUCACCUGUGUCUCCAAGUCCACCUCCUAUUCCUGAAGGGCGGAAGGAGAGUGAUAGCAACAAGAGUGAUAAGCGGUUGGGUCAUCUAGGUAUUCCUCAAGAGGUCUUGGCCUUCCUGCAGGAUGAGAAUGCCUUUAGUCCUGAAUCGGUGCCACCGCCACUGACGCUGAAGGCUGAAAGUCCCGUGUCCAUCAGUUCUCAGAGGUCAUCGAGAGAAUCGUUGAUUGGAGGCACAAAUUCACCUGUUGCAGGGACAGUUAAUCCUGCAUUCAUUGAUGAGACUGAUGACAUUGUCAGUGAGCGUGGCUAUACUCUUGCUGCUUUGAGACGGAUGAGUCCGACAGCCAGAGGGAAGCCUGUAGUAAACAGGCCCAGUAGGUCACCAUCACCAGGAGAUGUCUUCUUGCCAAAUGCAGCUUCUACCAGUCUGGGACCGACUUCAAAGAAUAGUAGCAGGGGCAACAGCCCAUCAGGAAAAUCAGCCGUAGCUGGAAGGGCAAGACGACAAAGUAGCACUGACAGUGUUGAUAGUACUACUAAGGGUGCCAGGCAAAAAAACAGGACAUCCCCUCUGCAGACCCUUGGUCAUGAGAACAUUGCCAUGAAGAUUCUGAAGGACACCAUGAAGCACAUGACUGCUGUAGAACGCAUGCAGCAAUAUUCUGAUCUCCAGCACAACAGGGAGAAGCUUCGUAGAAACAGCAGCCAGGAUCGAGCCAGCCCCUUGGAACAAGAGACCAAAUUCAACAGUACUUCCAGCAACAAUAACAACAGCGCCACCACUAGCAAUAACAGUGCUGCUAAGGUCAAUAAUCCUGUUUCUGCAACAGUGGUGGAGAGUAAGAUACAGCAUCACACAGCUAAUGCAGAGAGCAUGUCGGCCCCUACCACUUCAUUGGUUGGACGAUUGGAGAAGGCGGGCAGGAAGCCUCCGCCUCCUAUCAAAGCUAAACCUCUCUUUGACAAGUCUCGUAAUUUGACAGCUAAUAACCAAAGCACCCAUUCCAAGCCAAAUGGUAGCAUUCCUCAUACGACUAAUGGAUUUAAUCCACAAGGGACCAACUCUAGUAAUGGUCCCACAAGAACUACUUUUGGACCAAUACCAUAUAGACCCAAUAAUAGUCAUUCAAGAGAAUCAAGGACUAGUGAUAGUAGUGACAAGAGUUCAGAUUACACUCGUAGUUCUAUUUCGAGUGAUCCUGACAGCAGCCGUCAGACCCCACCAUACAACAGUCAUUCCAUUCAUAACAAGUCCACCUUGCCACUAACCAAGCCUAUCAACUACUCUUCACCACCAGACUACAAACAAGUCAUGCUGUCACGCCAAAAGAAUCUAAAUCCAAGUCCCAAUAAUAGUUCAGAUCACUCCAGCAAUUCACCAUUCACCCAGCUUUCAUCAGGUCAGAAUAUUGGUAGACGACCCGGCAGCGCCCUCAGUACUAACAGUAGCCUCUACUCAUCCACAUCCUCCAUUCAAAGCGUGAUACAUGUACCAACAGGAGGGUCUACAAACAGGCAGACACCGCCCCGACAGCUUACCACUGCCCGACAAGGAAGCCUGGACAGUAAUGCUUCAACAGACAGUCUAGGUCUCACCAUGUCCCCACGUACACCUCAGUCCCCAAACAGACCUAUGAUGAAUGGAGGCAUCCGCUCACCUCUAGCCUCACCGAGGGAUCAUACGGUAAUGACCAAAGAUGGGGAACGCAAGAUUGUUGGCCAGAGGGUAUUCCAGUCUUCCCCUUGCUAGCAAAGAAAACACUCUUAUUACAGAUGAUGUAUUGUUGUGCAUUGUGUGCAAAAUAUGACUUACACAUACCCACCCUCAGUUGAAACACAAAUAUGAACAGUAUUGAAUCGCUUGCAUGACUUCUUCAAGAUGGUGUUGAUAGUGUGGCAAAUGCUCUUUAAGACUAUAGCUCUGUGAACAAUUUCUUGAGCUAUUCAUGAGCAAUUUGUUAGAAUUAAGGUCAACUUGUUGCUAAGAAAGGAAUAAUUAUUCAUGUGAAAAUAUGAGUGUGAUGAAAAAGAAACAUGUUACUGCAUUUUAUAUGUUACAUAUGGUGGUAUAUAUUGGUGAAUGUGUACAAAAAAAUAUGUGCCCUCAGACACUACCAAAGACAAACAACCACAGAUAUAAAAUAAGUGCUCAAUAACAGUUUUCCACGAGUUGCAUAGUUGCCAACAAAUUUUUAUAUAGGUCAACAUUUCACAAGCUAAAGAUCUCACUCUCCAUUGAAUUUUGACCCAUUUGAAUAAAGUUUUUCUAUGGGUGUUUUAUAAAAACAUUUUCUGACUUGACAUUUGGUUUCGAAAUUGGGUCUGUGAUUUAUUUUCUUUUAUAUGAAUAAUAGAUAUGAAACAGUUUUGAACUAUACAUAAAAGACACAAUUCAAAAUUAGUUCUCACAAAGAACGUUUUUGUGGAUCUUUUAAAUGUAACUUCUCAGGAUGCAAUUUCCAAACUCAAUAAAAGUUUGUUAUUUCUUUAAAACAGCCUCUAAACUAAACUUUACAUUGAUGAUUUCAUUCCAGUUGGUUAUUAUUGUCAUAAAAGCCUCUUAUUCCAUUGGAUUACUAUGAUCUUUUGAACAAUAUAUGUUGGUCGAUAUCAUUUUAGUUAUUAUAUACCUUUUUCCUCAUCUAAAUGAAUUUAAUGUGCAACUCAUUAUAUGGUAAAUUCAGUAUGAACAUGCCUUUGGGCAAUGUUGCUAGGGUAAGAUAAAUCUUGAAUAUGCUGAAAUACAAUGCACUUGUUUUAUAAUGACGCAGGGAUUUAACUUUCAUAAGUUCCUUUAGACAAUGCACGCUCUCACCAUUUUCUUGUGAUCCGAUGAUAUAAUGAAUGCACAGCCUAAAUCAUUCCAGAUAUUUUGGGGGAGGAAAAAAAUCACAUUUUCUGUAAUUUGCAUCACAUUAAAAGUUGAGCUGUUCGCAUGUGAUUUUAAGUCCAUAACUCUGUUAAUUUUUGAUAGAUUUUUUUCUUGGAUAGAUUUUCACCAAAUAUUUACUAAUGCAUUUCUUCUGUUUUUCUGCUUCUAUGAAAACGACUUCAUGCUAGAUUGAACGUCCCUUUUAAUAUUCAUAUGAAUUACAGGACCUUUCACACAGUAGACAUUCAUCAGGUGAAUAUUACUUUGUCAUUGAGUUUAGUUCUUAGUAUAUGGCAUAUAAGACAGAUUAUUCAGGAGUAUCUUAAAUAAAUUUACAAGUGCCUGUGUGAUGAUUAAUUUCCUUUUAUAAAUGCAUUCCAUGUUAUUUUGCUUGAUUUUUACUGUAAUUGUCAACAGUAAUUCCUAUAUUUUUACACUCUGCCUUCUUUUAGGACACAUUUUUGUUCUACAUUAUUAUAUCUGCAAUUUUUUGCAUAUGUACUCCCUUGUUGGUUUUUAACCUCAAAUUUGCAGCCACUGUGUUCAUAGUUGUAUUCAAGUAUUGUUUGGUUCAAUGCUUCCAUUUAUGAUGUUUAAAAUUAACUUAUUAAAAAAAAUGAAUUCAAAUCGAUAUAAUUGUAUUAUAAGUGUGCAAAUAUAUGUCACCUGAUGUACAUACUAUAUUAUUACUGUAAAUAUGUACAUAAAUGAAAUGUUGCUCAUUUAAACCAAAUUCACAUCUUUAUAGCCGACAUUUUUCAUAUUAAAACUAGGUGUAUAUACAUUGGUAAUAUAAUGCUAAAGAGCAUUUAUAUUUAUAAUUCAAACCUUUUUUUUUAAUGCUUAUUUUUUCUUAUUAAAGAGUUUUUCUUUGUGCUUUCAGUUUAAUUGUUGUGGGUUUUGCACUAGAGUAUAAGUCUUAAUUUCAAGAUUUGAGAUAUCUUAUUUAUAGAUUGAAAUAUUAACUUGGGGGUUAAAUGGGCAUGGUAUGUAAUCAAAAGUCAAGGAAAACUGGAUAUGCAACAUUAUUACAAUAAUGAUUUACAACAGGCUCAUAUGGUAAUGAGAUAGUAAAAACAGCCAGAUAAAAAUAUUUGCCCUUUUGUAUUAAAACAACUUCAUUUUAAAUAUUAAUUCAUUCAUUUAUUUAAUUCAGGGGAAGAUUGUAUUAAAAUAAAUCUUGCGGUGAACAUGCAUCAAUAUGGUGCAUUUUAUUCAGAGAAUAGGCAAAUGGAAUUUCUUUAGAACUGGAAAUUUAUUGAAGAAAUCUUGCAAUUUUCUCUCAAUCAAUAUUUCAAUAUCCAAAUAUCUUCUAAAAAGACAUUCAAGUCUCUUAUAUAUUGGCAGCAUAUGAAAUCUAGGACAUCUGCAUGCACAGUUAUAUUGUUGGUAUAUGUGUGAUCUUGGUUAAAUCAUGGGCUUAUGUGUUAUUCUGCUGGUACUGUGUGUGGUUAUGGUCUAGUCUGUUGCUUGUUAUUCUCCGUCCAAAGGUAUAUUCAAGGUGAAUUGAUUAUUUGAUCUGUUUAUAUCAAGUGUACUAUAUGUAUUCUUUUUAUUGGAUUGUAAAUUUUGUCAUUUUAUUUAUUUCUAGAAGUACUAAUGCACCUGGAACCCAAUUCAUAAAUAAUUGUAAUGUUAUGCAUAAUUCUAUUAAGAGCUAAAAUCCAAUCUCAAGAUUUUUCAUAUCAUAAACUAUAAAUGUAAUUUAUUAGAAAUACUUUCAUUAAUAGCAAAGUACAAUAUAUACCAUUUGCCCUGGAAACGUGUUCAACAAUAAAAUUCUUAUCAAAAUCAAGGUAUUUCAACUUUAGGUAAUGCUAAUGAGAAAUACACUUUGCUUACCAUGUUCCAGUUGGUUUGUAAGAUUGGUCCCAUAACACAAAGGUUAGUGAUUAAACGUACACCUGACUUUCACGAUUGAUUGUACAUUGUAGACAAUACAAUCAAUCAGUACAAAAAAUAUUCUACGGUGAUUGCUAAGCUUUGUGUUAUGGCCCCCAGGUCUCCUUGUUUCAUCAAUGUAUGAAUGAAACCUGUAUCCUUCAAAGAAUGACAAAUCAUUUUAAAAUGAUACUGACAAGAUAACUGAUAUCUCAUCACGUAGCGAUUCCUAGCAAGAGCCUUCUUUACAGUUUUGAGCUGUGGCUGGUUUGAAAAUUGGCCCAACAUAUACCAGCUGUUGACACCAAGCUUGAAAUCUUCCAAUAUAAUCAUAUUUUUACCAUAUUCAAUAUUAGGAAACAUAUCAUAUAUGCUACCCUAUUGAACUGCAGUUUCCUUCUUAUUUAUUGGGAUAUUAACUCUAUUUGUGAUUAUGAAUUAUCUCAUAUGAUUACAUACUUUCUAGUUUCUUUUCUGAAAUAUGUACAUGUAUUUUUAGUAUGUAAAAUAUGAACAUGAUAUGUGCUAUCUUUCUGAUUAUCCAUGUUCAUGAAGGAAUGCAGAAAAUUGAUUACUCUUCAUGAACAUAUAUUCUUUUGAUAAUUACAUUCUACUAUAAAAUCUAAUUAAUCUUCAUAUGUUGCUUUAUUUUAUCCCACCUAAAUGUAACUAUUCCAGCUGCUUUUUGUGGAAUUAUGGUCUAUAUUUUGGGGCUUGCCUUCUUUGUAAUUAUUAUAUCUGUCAUUUUGACGAGUGACUCAUAUUUCUGAAAACUGUUUUCCUGUACUGUUCUUCACAGGAAGACCAAAUGAUUCAAUUAUAAAUAUUAUUUAUUCCUCUUACCAUUAUAUGGAUAUAUAUGAAUUGAGAUUGUUUGUAUUAAAUAAAAACAAUGUAAAGUGUUUUCUAAGUAUAAUCAAAUCUCUUGUGCUACAGGCAAAGGAAUGUGCCACAAUGAUUGAAUAAAUGCUGUUGUGGUCAACAUCAAA